UACAUACUGCUCAACUUGAAUAUGUAUGGUUCAGAUCGAUUUUAAAACUAAUGGCAUAAAUAGAACAUACACCAUGCUGGAUUAUAUUAUAAUAGCCACGAUAGUGUGAAAUUUUUAAUACCAUUUUACAUCAUGUACUGUGGGUUUACUGAAAAUGUUAGGCAAUACGUAAGCAAAAAAAAUAAAAACACGCCUCCCAGAAUUCUCUGCCUGUACACGACAGUCCAUUUAAUAGCUCACAUGAAUCUUCUAAAAAUAAAUGAGUUCGUUUACACAAACAAAACUCUAUAUAUGGAUUAAUCUGUUGAUUGUUUAGUAAUGGGAUAAAGGCGAAAAUAAUGGAUAUAGCUGCUGCCCGAUCGACGACUUACGGAGAUCUCGGUUUUUGGGCCGACCGGACGUCGGUGCACGAGGCCGCGUCUUUAGGGCGAUCCCUGCAGCUCAAGCAGCUGAUCGAAGGGGGCGGGUCCGUAAAUAUAGUAACUGUGGACAACAUCACCCCGCUUCACGACGCCUGUAUGCAGGGUCAUCCGCAGUGUGUUCGCAUGCUUCUUGACGCCGGCGCUCAGGUGGAUGUACGGACCAUUCAUGGAAGUACCCCUCUCUGCCAUGCUUGUGCGUCAGGGAGUGUGGAGAGCGUAAGACUACUCCUGGACCACGGAGCGACAGUAAAUCCCUCCCUCACCGCCCUCACUGCCUCCCCACUCCAUGAGGCCUGCAUACGCGGUAACCCAGAAUGUGUGAAGUUGAUGAUAUCAAAGGGAGCACUGCUGGAGGCCUUCGAUAUUCACUUUGGGACGCCGUUGCACGCUGCCUGCGCUAAAGCACAUCUGGAUUGCGCUCUGCUGCUGCUGAACGCAGGUGCCAGGGUGAAUGCCAUAAAGUUCCAUGAGACCGCUCUCCACCAUGCCGCGAGAGUGGGGCGGACAGAGCUGAUCGAGCUUCUGGUGGAGUUUGGGGGAGAUAUUAAUGUUUCAGAUAACCUUGGACGCAGACCCAUAGAUUACACCACCCCAGGGUCCUCGGCUCACCUCUGCCUACAGUACUUUGAGAAUACUCCGCUGUCUCUGCAGCAGCUGAGCCGUAUAGCACUCAGGACUGUACUCGGCACCAGAGCACUGCAGGUUGUGACCAAACUGGACAUUUCACGACGCAUAAUCGAUUACCUCUGUUAUACGUGAUACAGUCCCUUUCUGGAUAAAGCAGAAGAGGAUUAUGAACUUGAAACUGUCACUGACAAAAACGCUAGACCAAACAGUUGGAAAUGAUUUAAGAAGAUGCCUAUGUGCAGCUGAUGCGUGUCUUAAAUAUGCUGAAAGAAAUAAAAAAAAAUAAUCGGCUGCA